GUUAUUGGCUCACUUAAUGUUGGGACUACUUUCGAUCCACGUGACUUUCAAAAAGUCACAUGAUAUAAAAGAUGGUGACACCGGUGAAACGGGAAGUUGUUUGUUUUAUUUGUAGAAACAAGAACUCAAGAAAUUAUAGUUUAGACAGCAAGAAAGCAAAAGAAGAUAAUUUUAUAAGUAAACUUACACUUCUCCUCGAUAACGUUAAUUAUAUAAACAAACUCUGUGUAAUUCCAACAACUGUAUGCAGAAACUGUUAUUCAAAAAUCACAAACGUACACGGCUAUUUACAAGAUAUAAGAAAUUGUACUUCAAAAUAUUUGGAAGAAGGAUCAGUUAGAGUGAAAAGAUGCGCUUCCUCGCCUUUGACCCCCAAAACCCCCAAUCCUGUGGCGCCCAAGGAUAUUUCGGGUGUCAACUCGAAGAGUAGAAAGCAGUUAAAACUGGAACCUGAUGAACCUGUACCAGAUGGUCCAAAAGUUGAGCCAGACUUACCGAUAAUGAAUGACCAUGGGUACAGCAUGGCAAAGCAGACCAAAGCAUUAGACAACCCAGGGAGUAAGAAGACUCUGGAGAAAUUGUCAAACAUUUUCUCUGACAUUUCUUCACAUGAGAUGCUCUGUGAAUUACGGUCUCUUUCAUCUACACUUACGUCCAGAACAGCAACUUUUGGGUCGGUAUUGUAUAAAUACAGGGAUGUUUCCAAGUUGGAAGACCAUGUUGGUAAUUUUACAGAGGAGAUUGUGGAGGAGAUGAUCAAUAGGGUACCAUUAUUAGUAAAGGCCAUGUUAGCUGUAGCAGUCCCUGCCAGUAAUGUGAUAAAGGAAACAAUCAUUCCAGCAUUAGCUGCAUCUUACAGCAUUCUGAUGAAAAACAAAUACGACAACCUUUCAGCAUUUCACAGAUUAACAUCAAUCAUUGCUAUAAAAGGAGGCUUAGAUGAGAGGUUUUCUUGAAUUGUUUAUCCUCUGCCAUUGAAAAUGAAGAAAAACAUGCCCAAACCAGACUGAACCAUUUAGGGUUGUUACUUUCAUGGUCAGUCCGAGUAUCAUUACAAGAGGACAUUCACAAAAAGGCAGAGAAGAAUAUUGUGGACACCAUAAAGUUGAACCCUUUAAUGAAAAUUACAGGAGACAAUGUUGAUGUGUAUGUGAGGACCAGUUCAUUAAAUAGGGAGAGAAGGAAUAAAGAUUUACAUUUGUUUGCCAGUAACAUCAUCUUCAGUAGGAUUGCUACUAUAGACAUGCCCAACACUCCUCCAGGUACAAAUGUAGAGCAGCUUAAAAGUGAACAUUUAUUAAUGACUGGUAUGGAGAAGGCCAAGUUUUUGAGUGCAUGUAGUGUUCUCCUAGCAAGAAUUUUGUGUAAAAUUCCUGCCUUUGAAAACCUGAAGAAGCAAAUUCCAGUUCAUAUUCCCCAUGAAUACAGCCAGAAGAUGUCCACAAGAUCUGAAGUUUUUCCACUUCCAAUUAUGUUCUUCAAUGAAUCCAAACAUGAGGAUUGUAUGGGAAUAAUGGACAGCUAUGAGAAUCAGCUAACCAGACUGUUUGAAAAUGCAUUUGGAAACAUAGAUGCGCUAAGAAGGUAUGGGGUACCUGUAGGUGGUGAUCAGCUGACUCGUGUGCGACUUCAGGAGGCCAAAAACAUACGAUCAUUAGCUGUCACUCCAGAGAGGCGAUAUGACGAUUUACAUCCAAUUGUAUGUGAGAUGUGGCAUUCAAAGCAAGAUUUUCUAGAGAAAUGUUACAAAAAGUUUUUUGGAGAAAAACAUUCCUCAAGCCAGGGAACUCUUGCCCACUUCAAGACCAUUCUUCACAGAACAGAUGUGAAUGGAAAAGUAAAGGGAAGGUUUAAGCCACAUUUCGAACUUUUGAUGCUUGUUGGAGAAUGCAUGGUCCAAGAACAGUUUCUUGAAUUUCUCAACAUGGAGUCUUUUGAUAGCCAACCAACACAUCCCAUGACAAAGGACGUUGAUGACCCAGAGAAUCAGAGAGACAACUUAAUGAAACUAAUUCAAGAGUUCAUGAAACACUAUGGUUAUGGUCAAGUAGACUGUCCUACUCCUAAAAAGGAUGAAGCUGACAAAAUUUGCAUCAUUACACGUGAAGGUCAAAAUAUACAAAUAGAGUUGGUUCCUACAAACAAGCAAAGUGAUGAGCUGUAUAAUUAUUCAGUACAGCUCUGCCAAUGGUACUUGCACCUAAAUGAAUUACAUGAUACUGCAAAAGAAGGAGACUUGAAUAGGACAAUCUUGAACUGUCAGUACUCACUACCCUUCUUUUUCUCUCACUCUAAACUUAGUAAAUACUUAGUUGAAAAUAUUGACUAUGUGUUGAAGUGCAAGUACCUCUUGAGCCCUUUGCAAAGAAUGCGCGUUCUUGAGGGAUCUUAUGUAAACAUUAAUGGUGGUCAAGGGCAAAAUGUUGAGAGUGAUCUGACUCAGGAACACUCAGUCUGCAAUCAGAAAAUGCUGAUUAAAUCUUUAGGAGCAAACAAAAGUGAAAAUGCAAUUAAAAGAGUUACAGGUGCUGCAGAAACUAUUUCAAAUAUCUGUGAGAAGUUUGAUGAGAGUCUGAACAUCAAACCAAAAUCUGGAAGUCACAGUAAACCUUUAAAUGAAUCAGACCAAAAACUAGUGUCACGAACAUUACGAAGACUUAGACCUUUCCGUUUUACACCAGGAAGGAAGUGUCCAGGCUUCAGUAACAUUGACAGUGUUCCUGUAACAUUUGAAAAACUACCAGACAUGCAUGCUAGAAUAAAUCAAAUUAUCUCUCGUCUCACAAAAGGUCUUCAUGUAAAUAUUGAUGAAAAUGAUAAUGAUUCAGAAGUGGAGUAGAUUUGGUGAAUGAGUUAUAACAAUAUUUUAUUUGAGCAAAUUCAAUGUUCUCAAGUUUUAUAUAAUGUCAUGUAUUUAAAAAUCAAUAUGAAUCAGUUAUGACAAUAUUUGCUAUUAAACAAUCAUCACAAUUACAA